GAGACUCCUGAUCGAGGAGCUGGAGGCUCGGAUUGCGUUGAUGCCACUGCUGCAGGCAGAGUCUGACCGCAGGACCCUCAGGAUGCUGCGGCAGAACUUGGAUGAAGAGGCAAAAAUCAUGAAGGAUGUUCCUGGCUGGAAGGUGGGCGAAUCCGUGUUCCACACGGAUCGCUGGGUGCCUCCAACGCUGGAUGAGCUGUACUACCUGCGGCCCUUGUCUGAGCUGGAGAAUGAGAAGUUCGGGCUGCAGUACUACGUCUGA